AUGCUGGCCGGGUAUUGCAUGCUGGCCGGGUAUUGCAUGCUGGCCGGGUAUUGCAUGCUGGCCGGGUAUUGCAUGCUGGCCGGGUAUUGCAUGCUGGCCGGGAAUUACAUGAAUCACCUUAAGCAGAACUACAUGCCUGACGGCGACACUUCGGAAGCAUGUGGGUAUUUGACCCAGCUGCUGAGCAUUGCCACGUGGUACGGUUGGGUGUCCGAAUAA